CCGGAAGACAAGGGCGCUUACGCAGCAGGCAAAACAGCUACGACUCAGGGACUGGCUCUCUGGGCAGACGUCACUCAAGUCAAUUCGGCUCCGCCUCCCUCAAGAUGGCGAUGCGCUCAAUGCGGAAGGCGCGUGGGUGCUGGAGCUGCAUCCGGGCACUUCAUAAAGGACCCGAAGCUGGUCAGACUCCCCAGAAAGAUGCUGUGAAGCGAGUAUUCUCUGGCAUUCAGCCUACAGGAAUCCCCCACCUUGGCAAUUACCUGGGAGCCAUUGAGACCUGGGUGAGGUUGCAGGAAGAGCAUGGCUCAGUGCUGUACAGCAUCGUUGACCUACACUCCAUCACUGUCCCCCAGGACCCAGCCGUCCUUCGGCAGAGCAUCUUGGACAUGACUGCUAUUCUUCUCGCCUGUGGCAUAAACCCAGAGAAGACCAUCCUUUUCCAACAAUCUCAGGUGUCUGAACACACACAAUUAAGUUGGAUGCUCACCUGCAUGGUCAGAUUACCCCGGUUACAGCAUUUACACCAGUGGAAGGUGAAGAUUGCCACGCAGAAGCAUGGCGGGACCGUGGGCCUGCUCACGUACCCGGUGCUCCAGGCAGCCGACAUCCUGUUGUACAAGUCCACACACGUUCCUGUCGGGGAGGAUCAAGUCCAGCACAUGGAGCUCGUUCAGGAUCUAGCACGAGAGUUUAACAAGAAGUAUGGGGAGUUCUUCCCGGUGCCCAGGUCCAUUCUAACAUCGCUGAAGAAGGUGAAAUCCCUCCGUGAUCCUUCUGCCAAAAUGUCCAAAUCGGACCCUGAUAAACUGGCCACAGUCAGGAUAACAGACAGCCCGGAGGACAUCGUGCAGAAAUUCCGCAAGGCUGUGACGGACUUCACGUCGGAGGUGACCUACGAGCCAGCGCGCCGCCCCGGGGUCUCCAACCUGGUGGCCAUUCACGCGGCAGUGGCCGGCCUCCCCGUGGAGGAAGCACUGCAGCACAGCGCGGGCGUGGACACCGCUCGCUACAAGCUCCUGGUGGCCGACGCCGUGAUUCAGAGGUUUGCUCCAAUUCAGAGGGAGAUUGAAAAACUGAAGACCGACAGGGGCCACUUAGAGAAGGUUCUCCAGGUGGGCUCAGCCAAAGCCAAAGAAUUAGCCCAUCCCGUGUGCCAGGAGGUGAAGAAAUUGGUGGGGUUUCUAUAGGAAGCUUCCCUGCGUGGCAGAAAACCUUUUAUGUCUUGUGGCCUGUGCACUCCUAUUAAUAAAGGCAGCUUUCCUCACAAAUGAAAAAUGAUGGCUUGGCGACACCUAAUUUUGGUACACAUGAUUAUCGGCUUCAUUGGUCAAUAAGAAUUUGUAACUUUCAGGGGCACCUGGGUGGCUCAGUGGGUUGAGCGUCUGCCUUCCGCUCAGGUCAUGAUCCCAGGGUCCUGGGAUCAAGUCUCCCAUCGGGCUCUCUGCUCAGUCGGGAGUCUGCUUCUCCCUCUCCAUCUGCCUUUUCCCCCUGCUCAUGUUCCCUCUCGCUCUCAAAUAAAUAAAUAAAAUCUUAAAAAAAAAAAAAAGAAUCUGUAACUUUCAAAUUGAGCAGUGUUCUAAAGCCCAUCAGCAAAAUGCUGUGGCCAAGAAGGAAAGAAGGCAUAACUCUCUGAAUCCUCAAUUAUUUGAGGCACACGCCUUACUCUGAAUUUAGGUACCUGAAUGUGACUGAGGUGAGCAGUGAUUUGGCAAAUGAGGGUAUCAUUUGUCUCUCUCACUUGAGUACAUCCUAUUACGGGUGCUCACUUUAUGUGUCCCAGCCCUUUUAAAUGUUUUUGUUUCGUUUUGUUUUGAAGUAAUCUCUACGCCCGACGUGGGGCUCAAACUCACCCCCCAGAAUUCAAGAGUCGCAUGCUCCGCUGACUGAGCCAGCCAGGUGCCCCUCUGUCCCAACCCUUUUAAAAAGUAGUAUGUAGAUUCUUAGACUUAUAAUCCUUGGGAUGCCAUUUGGACCAAUUUGUAUUGAGAUCUUAUAUUAAUAAGUUGAUUAUUAGAGUUCAUUUGUCACUAAGAUAGUACCUGCCUAAAUGUAUUUAAGCUGCUUAACUUGUUCCCAAUGAAACCACACUGACUGUCCCAGUAAAUAUUGUUGUGUUUUGUUUAAUUCAGAAAUACAUGAUACAAUCUUCUGAGAAGGUUGCAUUAUUUCAACUUGAUUGAUUCACAAGAACCCAGGUUUCUGGAUUCUGUUUGUAGUUAAGUGCUUCUUUGCCUUCGCUUCUAGUUCAACAUCACCAGCCCCCCUGGGAAAUAUACCAGGGGGAUUGCCAUUUUACCCCCAAGGAAAGUGAGGCUCAGAGAGUGCAUUAGCUUGUGCAGGAUCACUCCGUAAGAAGCAAGUCCAAGAUUAAAACCUUCACUCCUUAAAGAGUAGUGUUUUUUUCCGUCAGCACAGAACCAUGAAAGGCAGGAUCUAUGGACUCCAAGCAUUCUUAUUUUGAAGGUGAAUACUCGAAAUAUAAGACCUGAACUGUGGACACUGUUUAAAUCAGUAACUCAGCCAAUAGCCACCUGCUUUAAAUCUGGAUUCCGCCAACCUUGGUCAUAUUUGCUUCUCAGAAUCCCCAAGGCAG